CCCCUCCCCUCCUUCCUUAGACCCACACACACUCACGCAUGCUCCCAGCAGAGCCACACUCGCCUCCACAACAGCAGCAGCAGCAGCAGCAGCAGCAGGAGUGCUUGCAAAUAAAAAGCAGCAGGCGCAUCUUUCGCACUCGGGGCCAGCCACCGCGGAUGACUCGGGAAGUCCUCCAAGAGAGGUGCACAGAAUAGUAUGGCAGAAGUCUCAUCUAGACAUGGGCAGUGCUAAGCAACCUGAGACACUGCAGUUCUUGAAGCAAGAAGCUGUUCCAGAAGAUGCUCACCAGCCCAGCUCCAGCUCACCUUGCAGUCCAGAGAAAGACAGGUGCCUCCAGAACCUCCAGUGUGACGGACAUCUUGCCAUGAGGAACUGCUGUAUAAAUGAUCUCACCGCCAAAGAGAGCAGCCAAGACAACACCAUGGUGGACAACCCAAAUCAUAAGGAAAAUGCUCCAGCUGCCAAUCCAAAUUCUUCUGUGGAUGGAGAUGCCACCACAGGCACUGUGACUCUUAAAGACACAGGUGUUGGAGGAAUCCUAUUCGAAAUGGAAGGAGAAAAAACAGCCAGUCAUGAUUUGUGCCACAACAGCAAGCAAAAAUUUAGCUUGACAGAGCUUCCUGGUAGCCCAACCAAUACCUGCAGCCCCCAGGAAACGAAAGCAAGCCCUGUGUCUGGGGAGAUAUGCAGAAAUCUCUCAGCUGAAUCCUGCCUCAAAGGAGCCAGUAAGGACUUGGCUAGUACUCCAUCCUCCUCAAAACAUGUUGCAUUUCUUGAACCAAGCAAAAACAAGGAUGAGGCAGAAAGUGUCAAAACAGGAACAGGACAUUCUGAGGCAGGUCCAGUGCUUCCCGCAUGCCUGAAAAACAGAAGCCAAGGACAGCCUUGCUCUUCUUCAGGAGAUAUACCCCACUUCAGCCAUGAUAUCUAUGGAACAGCGAAACAUUUGAACGAAGGACACAGAGAUGCUUCUGCGCUGGGAGCUAUCAAGGAAUCUGUUGCAGAGCCCUCUAGAGCUGAAACCACAUUAGGGAAGUCAGGCAAGCCAGUUACAGAAAGUAACCAGUUAGGUCAGAGGGGGGAAAUAAGGUCUGUGGCUCUGGAUACUAAGUCAGGUGGGGACUGCAGUGUAGUCUUAGAGGUCCCUGUUGCUGUCAUUUCUCAUGAUGUCCAACCCCAGGGCCUAAUCCCAGGUCAGUUACAAGGAUCCCUAGGUGAAGCCAGCAAGGAGAAAGAAGGGCUCAGAGAAACAAUACCUGCAGAUGCCAGGGGUCAAAACAAAGAUCACGAACAACAGAGACCAGAAGCAGGCAGUACAGCUACAUGUGAGGAACACAAAACAGCUGUGGAGAUUAAGCAUAUGGAGCUUCUUGCCAAGACCUGCUCACUAGAGGUCACUCCCUCCCAGCAUGAUGCUGGGACCCAAGCUGAUAACCGUGUGUCUUUGGUGUCAGUUGCCAUCAGCCCCAUCAACCCGCCUGAUGGCUCCACAGCCUUCACCUUCCAUGCCAGGGGCUUGGGGGCCCCAUCGUUGACAACCCCAGAGCAGAAGCCUACCAAGAAAGAUGUGGAGAUGCAGGUGUCCAUCCCAGUGGAGACCAGGUCAGUGGCCACAGGACCCAUGACCCCCAUUACAAAAUCUCCCCAAGCCUCCUACCCGGAGGUUCAUGUGAAAGGGGCACAGGAAGAGACACCAGAGCCCGUGCGGGAGGUCAGCUGGGAUGAGAAAGGGAUGACAUGGGAAGUGUAUGGUGCCUCCAUGGAGGUGGAGGUACUGGGCAUGGCCAUCCAGAAGCACCUGGAGAAACAGAUUGAAGAGCAUGGCCGACAGACGGUGAUGACUCCUCAGAGCACCCGCUCCAGCUCCAUCAAGGGCCCCCCGCACAAGGGCGAGAUCAAGAGGCAGCCCAGCAUGUUCAGGGCUCUCCUACAGAACGUGCGGCGGCCUCGAUGCUGCUCCCGUGGAGGCCCAGCUGUGGAGUGAAUGAGGCCAUUUGCCACUACUUGGGUUUUAUAGCAGCUGGGGGGAGGGGAACACAAAAAUGAAGUAGUUUCUCAGGCAAUGUGUGAGACGAUCUCUUUCUAAUGUCAUAUCUCAGAACCCUACCCCUUCUGCCACUUCUGUUAACUGCACUUUGGAAGAUAAGUUGAUGUCUCCUGAAGAAUGCAUGCCAGACACUUAAAUUACAAUGAUGACACAAACAAUACUUUGCAAAGUUUUGCUAGACAGUGUUUGUUUUCUAGGUCAUGGGUGUCUCAGGAGGCAAUGCUCACGCUUUGUAGUAUAGCAUCGCAAGCUCAGACAUGUGGUCUUCACAAUGCCAAAUUUAAAUCACAAUAUGCAAGACACCCAUAUGUAUGCUGUAAACUGGAGACCAUCUUUAGGCUUUGUACAUACUACUGGUGUGGUCCUUUCACAGGCCACAUUUGUCAUUUACCAGCAAACAGACACUGAAUAUCAUAAAGACCCCAGUCCUCAACAAUAGUGAUAAGGAAAUAAGACACUGCAAGAAGGCCAUUAAAAAUGUCAGGGAAUGGAGUGUGCCACCGAUUAGCAAAUUUCUAUUUAAAGGCCAUCUUUAGUAUGCAAAAGUUUUCUGGAUCACAUAUAUAAGGAGUUACCUAUAUAUACAAUCUAUCUUAUUGGGGACAAGUCUUAAAACUUUCCUGUACAGGUCCUUCAGUUGCAAAAGACAGCUGCUUAAGGACAAUCAAGUGUAAUGGAUACUGCAGGUUAAAUAUCCACAUGUACUCUGUCACAGAUAAAUUCACUUACCACAUGAGUUGGCCCAUUUAAACACACCCAUAGUUGCCUACACACGUCUCCCAGGCCAUGAAUUGCUGGAAUCAUAAUCCUACUUGUGAACAGGUCCUAUGAACUAGCAAGUCCAACUCAUGUGGCAAUUGCCUGGGUACACACUUUACCACUAGCAACUAUCACAUCUGUUUUGAUCUUUAUACAGUAUUAUGAGAAUUGUAACUUUAAAAUGCAAAGUUUGAACUACCAUCACCUGCAAUGGUUUGUGUUUCAUAUAGCAUACAAAAUAAAUGUCCAAGUUUUUCCUUGAAAGAAAAACCAGACAAAAAACAGGAAAAGCAAUGAAUUCUUUAACCAAUUCUAGACCUGUUUCAUUCUAAAAGAUCAAAUGGAUAGUUCAAGUAUCCCAAAUCUUAUUGGGCAAAAUACUAAGCCCAUGUGAAGUCAAAGGCUUUCAUGGCCAACAUCCAUAGUUUUUUGUGUUUUUUUCAGGCUAUGUGGCUAUGUUCUAGAAGAGUUUCUUCCUGACAUUUCCACAUAAGGACCACCAAA